GAACCUCGCACCAGUCCCUUCUCAGGCGGCACUCCGUCAAGGCGUUUCGAUGUUAUGAGCACAGCACUGCCCUCUUCACAAGACUUCCUUCAUAUUUCUCCCUCAGCACCUCGGACUGAAGCAGAAGCAGAGGGCCUCACCACCACCAGUGCGAAUAGCACCGCCAUAGCAGUGAGGGAAGACACACUGAGCGCGGAUGCAGAUCCCACCCUCAUACACCACACGCUCGACGAAACCACGCUCAGCUUAGAUGACAGCCAGACGUUUGCCCAGGAGAGUCUUUUGGGAAAGGGGGAGGAAGGUCUGACUAUGCCGCCUGCACGCGCGAAUCUGGAGCACGAGCUGAGGUUUGCUGGGGAGAGGUCAGAUGACGAGGACGGGCACGAGGAUGUGCUGGGUCUUGGUGGUGGCGAUGGUGGUGAAAACGUGGUGGUGAUGGACUCGCUUGGCUCAGCUGAAGUCCGCGCGCCUGGCGGUCGCAAAAGGUCGGCCAAUGCCAUCAACCUCGACGCGAAGCUGUCGCCACAGCCCUGGGAUCUGGUCGAGCCCCCGGCAGAUAAUUUGAGGACGAAUGACGAGUAUUAUCGCGGCAAAUUCAGCGCGAUGCAGAGUUCCCCGGGACUGAUCCCGCACUCCUCUUACUACUUUGGGCCGCCACCUCCGGACUCUGCGUACGGGACUGCGCCCGUGGGACAGAUUGGCGUGCAUCAUCCACGAGAAAUUCUGCGUGUGGAGCGUGAUUAUACUGGCGGCGAGCUGAUACAAUUUGCGCCUAUCUACCCGCUGGAACUAGAGGGCCGCAUCACGCCGACUCAGUUUCUCGAGAGCAUCAACGCAAUCAACGAGCAGCUCAUUACUGUGCACAGCCUGAGAUGGGCCUUUCUGGACAACGUGCUUGCUGUGAUCUCGCUUCAGCUUUCCCGACUCGUUAUUUCCUCGCAUUAUGAAAGAGAGAUGCGUCGGCUGCAAAGGAUCAUCGGUGAUCUGAACGCUCAUGUGUACAACCCUGCCGGAUUGAAUAUUCUUUGGCCGCGCAAAGUCGCGUUUCUAUUUAUGGAGAUUGAAUACUAUUGAUCGUAAUGGGUAUGUGCUAAUCCCGGUCCGGCCUAUGCAGCGCGAUCGCAAUUCUCUCCGGAAUAUUCCCUGAUCGAUCGGCGAGGCUCUUCUUUCGCGGAACCUCAAGAGUGGAUGCAGUGCCGGCGCCCACCUCUCAGGGCUGUUUAUUUGUCUUUUUUGUCUCAUAGAGUAGCUCAGCCUCCACUGUAUCGAGUCCAUGGGGAUGCGAGGCGAUGGAAUUUAAUGGAUCUUUGGCGCGAAGCUCGGCGCGGGACCGCUGGGACGCUUCCCCACGGUCGAGUCAGAGACAUUUUGAUAGCCGCCUGCGGAGGCAUGCGCGUCCCCGGCCCAGCGUCGGCGCUUGAGCCAUCUGAUGUUGACAGGCGCCUAUGAUCCACUUUUGGCAGGUGACCAAACACAUCGUUGCUUGGUAAGAAAUUUCGUGGAGACUCAUCCGUCCCUUCCCACUGCCUCCAUCGAGCUCAGGCUAGUUCCCCGAGCCCACGAUCCCUGACUCCCUCGGCCGGGCACCUCUACCUCUUAUCACUACCGUCUUUCCUUCAUCCGGAUCCAAUGGAGUCGUACUCAACAGAUCUCACUCCGCUCUGGGAUCUGUCUCAGGCCUCCUCCUUUUCCCAAAUGACCGACGACGACUUUCUCGCGCUCCUUCAGAAACCCAACUACACCACCGCGCCAUUCAACGCUGAAUUCAGCAUCCCCACCGGCGUCGACCCCCAAUCCAUCUCCCAGUAUCCGCUCCCAAGCAUCACUCCGCCCUCUACCGAUAGCAGCCCAAGUCCGCCGCAUCAGGACAACAGGAGUCCGGUGGAGGACAACGAGCUGAAGCGCAAGGCGAGCACCGAGGACUUUGACGACGAUGGUCCCAGCUCCAAGAACCAGCACACCGCCAACGGCAAGAAGACGGGCAAUGCCAGGCGGAAGUCCACGGGCGCGGUGGCAAACGCUCCGGCCGGUCCUGAGGAGAACCGUCUGCUCAAGCGCAAGGAGCAAAACAGGGCCGCUCAGCGUGCUUUCCGGGAGCGCAAGGAGAAGCAUGUCAAGGAUCUCGAGGACAAGGUUGCUGAGCUCGAGGCCAAGAACGACCAAGCCAACUCUGAGAAUGAGAAUCUGCGUGAUCUACUCACGCGGCUCCAAAACGAGAAUGUGUUGCUCAAGGGGCGAGCGAAGAAUGCCGAGUUCACAUUCUCUGUUCCAAGGUCCUCUGGCGGGUCCGCCGACGCAGGGAGCUCAUCAUCACUGUUUACCACACCCGCUUUGACGGCGAUGUCUACCCCGUCGCCGUCCGCUUUAUCCCCGACGCCCGGAAGCUCGAACCCGCUCGACUGGAGCUCGCUGACAAGCUUCGAUCCGGCCGUGCUGAACCUGCUGGACGACACGCCCCAGCAGACAGCGACGGAUGCGGCCAUGUCGAUGGACUUUGGCUUUGGUUCGCCCAAGCCAGACUCUGCGUCGAAGGGUCUCAAUGGCUACACGACCAUCGCCAGCAACCCUAUGUUCACAUCGUUUACGUCGGCCUUUGAUCACCCAGCGCAUCGCUCGCAAUCGUCUGGCUCGAGCUCUGUCGCUGGCCCCAGUAACAGCAGCAGCCCCAGCAUGUCUGCCAACCCGGGUGCUAACGCCUUCAACUUUGACAUCAAUUCUUUGUCCGCGUGGUCUACUCCGAACCCUGAUGGGCAGUUUGACGAUCUGUUCGGCGGAAUAAUGGGCAGUUCGAUGGACUUUGAGCAAUUCAAUGUUCUCAUGAACAGCCCGCCAGGGUCCUCCGUCAGCCCUGUUGCCCACCACGCCACGCUUCUCAAUCGGUCGCCUGCAGCAUCGAUAUCGUCGUCCACGUCGUCCAAAUCGCCAGACCCUCUGUUCACCACCAUUCGGGAGACCGGGUCUGACACCGAUCUGGAUAUGGAAACCAUGGGCGAGUGCCCCAAAACAAGAGAAGGUUUGCGGUCAGAGGUGACCACUCUCGGGUCUUCGCCAUUUGCACCUCCGGUCGUCGCGGUCGUACGUAAACCUGGCCCAGGCGCUGCCUCGACGAUAACAUGUCAGGGUUCGUCCUUCCCGAAGACGGAGCGUAGCGAGAAGAACCUGGAGAUACUCGAGGCCUGGCGGACUGUGACUUCCAAUCCCGAGUUCCGGGAUACGGAUAUCGCGGAUCUGUGUUCGGAGUUUUCAGCCAAGGCACGUUGCGACGGGACCAAGGUCGUUCUGGAACCUGCCAAUGUGCGCAACAUCAUCGAAGGGCUCGCGAUCAAUCGCCAAUCGCAUGCUGCCUAGAUGCUUCCCCUCCGCCGACGACUAUAAUUCUGCCAUGUAUCGAUUUGUCCCUGUCCUCGAACUUGCCGCCGAAUGGCUCGCAAUCUGUACUACCACAGCCUGGAGGAGGACAGCAGCAGGUGCAGCUCUGCGUCUAUUAUACAUACUCCGCUGGCGAAUAUUUGACUCGUUUCCCUGUAUUUUUCGCUACUUAUGUCAAUGAUAAACACAACCAGCACCUCUUGUUGCGAGUAGACUACCCUGCACACCGCAUCCCAUCGUCGGGUUGACUGACACAAAACAAUAAACGCG